AGUAACAAUUUAAUUUUAUUCUGUUUUCUUUGUAACCAAAAACAAAACCCAUCUGGUUCUUUUUAUGCUUUAAAAAUCAAGCGAAAGAACAUUUGAUGAACAGUAUUCCUGGAUAUAACGUAAUUAUUUAUAUUACAAAAAACUGCCAAAAUAGAGAUAUUUGUGAUAAACUAAACCUAUUCUUAACUAAUUUUACCAGUAAAAAAUGAUAAAUUGUAACAAUAUAAUAAUGUAAACAAAAGAUUUCCUGAUUGUUCGGGUGAGCAUGAGCAACAUCAUUCCUGUUGCUGAUGCAUGUCAAACAUGUUCCUAGUACAUUGUUACAAUGAGUCAUUCACAUGUGGCAAAUAUUCAUUGGGGAAGUAAAAACAAAAAUAACGAAAAGGGUUUAGGAACAUUUCAUUGAAACAUGGUGGAGGGAUGGAUUUUCAUUCAGAUAAUCUUACAAAAAUAACGUGUUUACUGCACAUCUUGGAAAAUGCAUCCGAUUUUCAAAGCAUUUGUGGAUUUUUUUUCUAUGUUCUAUAACAUAUCUAAAAUGAGUUUUGUGAAGUUGUUUCCUGUGGGGACUUUUAUUUUGAAGGCCUAUGGGAGCUUUAGGCGGAAGUUGUUUCCUUUUAGCAGCGACUGAAGCAGACUUGCAUCUUUCUUUCUUUGUUCGUUGACUCCUUCAUGAGCGACUUAUCGGAGUCUGACUGACAGCAAACGUGCCCGUGUGGGCUUUGCGUCAUUCAUGUUCGUUAAAGCUUGUUUUGAUGAAAACUGAAGCUACAGAGUAAGUGACGUUAGUUUAGCCUCGCGCUGGCAAUCACAAAGCUGACAGUAAGUGACGCGUUAUCAGAGCAGGUUGUUUCUGACAGUUACAGAAAAAACUGCUGUUGCCAUCGUGUUGAGAUGUUGAGAGUGUUGGAGAAAGGUCAACAACCUUUGGAAGAACCAGACUGUCUAACUGGAGAGGAGCUGCACCUUAAAGACGUCCAGCAAUUGUUGGUGAUAAAAGAGGAGUUUCCUCUUGAGCCACGGGUUUGGAAUCCCAGCUGUGACCAGGAGGACCAAAAGCCCCCACAGAUUAAGGAAGAGCAAGAGGAGGCUGAUAUCAUAGAGUUUACUUUCAGUCCUGAAACUGUGAAGAAUGAAGACGAUGAGGAGAAACCUUGGUCAUCAGAGCCUGAUCGCAGUCGGAAUGAAGAGAACAGAGACUCUCUGGGGCCAGAAUCAGAUCCCGAAGCCAAAAAUUCAGCCACUUCAGAGACGGACAUAAGCGAUAGAGCCUGGGAGGAGAGGCAUAACCCUCCGUCAGGUUUAAACUCUGCAGAAGUUAAGGAUGUGUCUGUUGGUGGAGCACGCGAUGAUGGCGAUAAAACGUUAAACCGCUGCAGCGAAUGCGGCAAGACAUUCAAACGCAGGCAGUACCUCUUACAGCACAACAGAAUCCACACAGGUGGAAAACCUUUCAUCUGCUCCGUCUGCAACACGGCUUUCACGUGGAAGCACAUCUUAGUGCAACACAUGAGAGUCCACACAGGAGAGAAACCAUUCAGCUGCUCCGUCUGCAGUCAAACCUUCGGGAGGAAGGAAAGUUUAACUCGUCACAUGAGACAUCACUCUGAGGAGAAACCCUUCAGCUGCUUCGUCUGCAGUCAAAUCUUCGGGAGGAAGGAAAGUUUAACUCGUCACAUGAGACAUCACUCUGAGGAGAAACCCUUCAGCUGCUCCGUCUGCAGACAGAGUUUCAAACACAAAGUGAGUUUAAAUAGUCACAAAAGAUGCCACGCCGAAGAAAAACCUUUCAUUUGCUUCAUCUGCAAAGCAGCUUUCCCCUGGAAAUACGCUUUAGUGAAACACAUGAGAAUUCACACAGGGGACAAACCUUAUAGUUGCUCCGUUUGUGAUGCGGCUUUUAAAUGGAAGCCUUCUUUGGUGCAGCACAUGAGGUCACAUAGUGGAGAGAGACCCUUCAGCUGCUCCGUCUGUGGUCAGUGCUUCAAAUACAAAGAGAAUUUACACCAUCAUCAGAGGUGUCACACUGAUGAAAAACCCUAUAGGUGCACCAUCUGUAACGCUACCUUUAAAUGGCACAAUGCUUUUAUUGAGCAUAAGAGAAACCACACGGGAGAAAAACCCUUCAGCUGCUCUGUCUGUGAGGCAGCUUUCAUAAGGAAACGGGACAUGGUCAGACACAUGAAACAGCACAAAUAAUAAACAAUUACUACAGUAUUGUUUGUUCUUACACGAGUUUACUUUAAAGUAGGUCUAUAAGAUUUCUUGAAUAGUACUAUAGUUUUACACAAGAUUAUGUGUAGUAAAUAUAAUACAUGGUGUGAAGUUUAAGUUUGUAUGUGAAGCACUUUAUUGUUUUAUGAAAAUAACGUAGGUUUGUAAAAAAUGUAUUGAUCUUUUUUCUUUUUAUUUUGUUGAUAUUUGUAGGUAUUAAAUGGGGGAUAUUUUCUUUGAGAAUAAUUAUGUAUUACAUCACAAAAAAUAGUAAUAAGAAUUAGAGCUGUGCACAAAGGUGCUUUUUGGAGUUCAGCCACAUCUUUAUUAAUGUUUAAUUUAUAACAACACAUUGACGUUCAAGCAUGCUGCCGAAUAUUUCUAAAAGGAUGCAAGUAAAAUAAAGGAAUUUCUUUUUUAUGAUAAUCUGUCAAAUUGUAAAUUAUGUGAGAUUACCAUAACAACAUUGACUACAAUUUGUGUAAUGAAUAUUAAAAUAAUAAUAAAUAAAUACUUUCAUCAUAUGUGUUUAGUGUUUCGUCUUCACCGUUUGAGCUCAAUUUAAAGAAUGGAGGAUUAGGGUCACUGAAAAAUAAAGAGAAAUGUUUCAGAAUUUUUUUUAAAUUCUGAUCUUUUUCUGAAGAUUCUAGCAGUAAUCUCAGAAAUCAGACUAUUUU